GCGCUACAAAGCUGCUGCUCCCGGUGCGGAUGGUCGUUGAAGUCAGACUGCUGCAUUCCAGCAUAUUGCUCUUGGAUGGUUCAGCAUUAUUUUUUAACUUUGAAUUACUUUAGUCGCUUAAUCAUGAAUCCAAAUGACUUCAUUGUGGUACCAGCAAACAAACCUCUCACUUCCGUCAAGUUAAAAGCAAGAAAUCUUCGGGAGUUACGCUUAGAAACUGCUCAACUGGAACUAGAUCGCGAUGUAAUGGAACAAAGAUUGCAGCAACUUCGACAAGCCAUGAGUAAGGAAAAGGAAGAAAGGGAACGGGCAGGAGCAUAUCACUGGAAAUCUGGACAUGUGGGGAACCUGACAAAUCAUGCCCAAAUAGUGCUGAGGAAUAAAGAUAAUUUUAAUCAAAAGAAAACUUCUGGAAAGGCAAAAAUCAGAAUACUGAAGGAUCAAUGUAUAGAGCCUCCAAAACGUGAAUCCUCCAGUAUACCAGUUCGUGAAACUGAAAGGCCAAAAGUCGAUGGGAAGCUAUGUGGACAGUGUGAGACCAGACAUCCUGUGUUGGUUUGUAUGGAGUGUGGAGAAGAUUACUGUUCCAGUUGCUUUGCUAAAUUCCAUCAAAAGGGGGCGCUGAAGCUUCACAGGUUUUCCCCUUUCCAGACGGAGAAACCUGCAUCAAGCAAUUCAUUGCAUUUAGUCAGCCAGUUUAAAAAACAAAUUGAAUCUGAUGAUUCUCCUGUGAAUACGAAACAGUUUCUAAAGGAACCAAUUUCAGGCAGAAUGCUUUCACCUAAGAUAAAUACACAACAAAAUGCUGAGGUCCUUACUCUACAUCAAGAGGAUGGUAAAUGUGUGCAAAGCAGUGCAGAAGACCUCCAUAGUGGCUCAUUACUAAAUGGCAGUUUUGAUGAGGAACAGUCAGCAAAGGCAUUCCAAGAUGCAUUGAAAGAGUGGAGGGAAAGAAAACCUAUAGAAGCUCAGCUGCCACCCAAGACAUUUUCAGUUUCCACAGGCGAAUCACAAACAGAAGACAACCUUCAACAUUCAAAAAUAGUAAAAGAAAUUAUGUUUAAAGAUCACAAUAUAACCUAUUUGGAGAGGUUGCUGCUCAAGAAGCAUAAAAGAACUCCAGAACAAUCACUUCCAGUUGAAGUAAUGGGUGACCUGAAUACUUUUAUGUGCUCACCCAAUGAAGAGAAAAAUGAACAAAAGGAUGAAGAACUUUUACUGACAGCUGAAGAGAUUGAGGAACAUGAAAACUAUGUUGCCCUUUUUAAAGUUGAUGAGCUAUGUGAAGAUGUAGGGCAAGUACAUCCAGUUUUGAGCUUUUCUGAAGUGGAUGAUGCCACAGAUGAAAUAAUCGAAGAAUCUUUCAAUUAUUUGGUUGAAGAAGCAGAGUACAGUGGAGAAGAAAAUAGUCCAAGAACUAACAGAAGCUUAUCUAACCUGGUAAGCUCAUCAGUGCAACAAGGUAUCACUAUAUCAAGAAAUACUGAUACCUCACCAGCUCACGACUCAAAUCAAAAUGAUUCAUCAGAUCUUAGUUGUAUUUAUAAUGUAGAAAGGGAAGAUAAACUGUUAUUUCCUGACUCAAGUAUGGAGAAUCAUGAAGAUUUCGCAGCAGCUGACCAGAAUGGUUCAUUUUCACGCUAUAAGCUACCUUGUCCUCAGAAUGGAACAACCACUGACACCCACUGUGCUGAAAGGCCAAGUACUGUUUCUGACAAUGACAGAAACUCAUCCAGAAAACCCAAGUUUGCAAACCAAAUGCUUGAAAAAGCAUACAUUGUUAAUUCUAUAUUGCCAUCUCAGUGGACUUCUGACUUUUCAAAUACUCCUCAUGAAGAUCCUCUUUCUGCAUUGAAAAUCUAUAAAGAAUUUGACCAAAUGUUACAAGUGGACAAUUUAGAGGACAGCAUGAACAAUGGUCUCACUGUCCAACCAACUAACGAAUUACAAAAGAUCGCUCGUGCUCAAGAUAUUGAUGUUGGCAAAUAUUUGGACAUGGAAGGUUUCUUCUCCUUGCAACUGGAUCCGAAACUGAUUGUUCCAGCACCCUCUGUGAAACGAGUGAUCAAUGACAAAAAGGAAGUGGUGGUAACACUGGUCAAAGAAGAUGGAGACUGGAGACCGGACAGUAGCCUUUGUGAAUAUGCUGAUGACUCCAUUGUUCAUGAUGUAAUUGAUGAUAUUCAGUGUAGACCUCCAAGCAGUUUUAGAAGAUCUGGUUCUUCAAAAAAUAACACAGCAUGGAUGACGUUAUCAAAAUCAACUUCACGAACUCUGGGAUGCCCUGAGAGAGGUAUGUCAUCCUCUGCAGCAGUUUCAUUGUGUGAGACACCACAAAUUGAAAGAAGAUACCUUGUUAAGCAGAAGCAGCAUGAAAUUUCCCAGCUGACCACUGCUACUCACCCACUAUCUAGAGCUGCAAAUGAAAUUUCUGAAGUGUCGAGUACUGAUGUUGAUGAAGAUGAAUCCAGUUUUGAAAAAGAAGCAGAUGAACAAGCUUUAAUUGAAUUGGAGAGGGAACUGUUGAAGACAAAUAAAGGAGGUGAACAUAGUUUGGACGUGGUUUCUGCUUGUGACUUGGCAAUGUCUUCUGGGCAAUCAUUUGAAAAGGGCACUCCAGUUUUGCAAAGGGAGGCUGUUCAGUCCCAGUUUAUGCUUGAUUCUCUGGCAACAGAAGCUGGUGAAGUUGAAACAGAUGAUGAGGCCGAAGAAGCCCAAGACAAACAAAAUGUUCUGCUAUUAUUCUGAUAGUUUGUCAGAAAGAAAUACCAAAAAAAAUUAACUACUCCUCACCAAGUGAUAAAUUCUGAAAAUCUGUAUCGAAUAGAACUUUGAUAUAAAAUAUUAAAGAUAAUUUGAAAAUAAUGUGAUUUGAUAAUGAUUUUGGCAGAACAGUUAUUAUAUUGUCAAAAGUAAAUAAAAAUACAAACUUAUUUGAUGCAUUUAUUUUAUAAUGUUCCACCAUUUAUAAAUUUCUAGUGAACCACGAUAAAUUGAUUUAAUUGUUUUGUUAUACAUUUGGAACUUUGAUUUAGAUUAUAAAUCAAAGAUUAUAAUCAUGUACUACACAGGAAUCUUCUCAAAAGAUUGUUUUGAUGAUUUUCAAAAAAUAGUAUAUUUUAAAAUAAACUGAAUAGGUGUGAAAGUCUGGUUUUAGAGAAUAAAACAUUGCUUCAGCAUUAGUUUAGGUAGCUUGGGAAUUUAUCACUUAAGAAUGAAAAUCAAAUGUUUUCAAAGAUUUCAAGUAAAAUCUGUCACAUUUUCUUACUCAUGACUUCAAUAAUGACAAAUAUGAAUCAAUGUUGACUAAUUCAAAUGUUUAAAAGUUUUGGUCAAAAAGUGUUAUCCUUUAAGGGAGAACUUUAGUUCUUUCAACCAAUAGAAUUAAUGCAAGUGUCUCAAACAUAAGCAACUUUGUAUAUUUCUAUUCAGAUAUGAUUCUUGAUAUAAUAUUGUUUUGUAAAAAUGCCCAGGGAAGGCCAUUUGUAGGAGGUGGGGAAUUAAAUUUUGUUCAUGGUUUGGAAAAUGCUUAGGCCACUGUUGCCCUGGUCCAAUUGGCUUCCUGUCUGAGAUAUAAAACCUCAUUUGGAUACUUUAUUUAUUUAUGAAUAAGGUGCUGUUCCUCAUAGUUAAAUUGGCCUUCAUUGGAACAUAAAGGGUCAAAGACAUAGAAGUCAGAGUCAGAAUAGGAUGAAGAAUUAAGAUGACUGGCAACUGGAAGUUUAGGGACUUUCUUGUGGAUUGAUCAUUGGAGUUCUACAGAGUGGUCACCUUAACUGCUUUUGUUUACUUUCACACUGAAGGGACCAAACUGAAACUAACAACUUAGUAUAAUAAAUUGGAAGUACAGCAAAUGAAUCGCUGCUAUACUUGGAAAGAAUUUAAGCACUCAAAUGAUUGGAAGAGGAAGACUGCUCACAAGGAGGGAAUGGAAGUAUGAAUUAAUAAAAUUUAUCAUUUUCACAUAUAGCAAGGUGCAGCAAAAGAACUUUUACUUGCUGUCCACACAGAUCAUUUCAUCACAUUAUUAAUUGCAUAGAAAAUGUAUAGAACAUUCAUGGAGGAGUCUUGUGCAAAUUUCAUUUUUGUAAAAGUGAUAUUUGUAUUGUUGUGUUGGAAAAUCUUAUGUAAUAAUAAUGUUUCUUUAAUGUAUAUGUUUAAUUAUACCCAUCCAGCAUUUGACUUUUGGCGCUGGCUGUCCACCUCUGAGACUAGCAGUGAAAACCUAAUAUAGUGAUCAUUGAGCCCCAUAAACUUACCCCAAGCAUCUCUUGCAAAUUAAUCAUCCCUAUGAAGCCACAAACAGUGUGAUCAUUGGAAGUGGGUAUGGAAUUGGCAAACCUGAAUGAGUAAAACCCAAACCCUGACAUUUACUUUAAAUCUACAAAAAAAAAACUUUUCACAAAUGUACAGGUAUAUUCAAGCAAUUAACACAAUUAUUUUUAUUUUUUGCCUAUCUAUUUAAGCCACUAUUGUAAUAAUAAUAAUAAAAUUUACCUGAAAAUGA